AUGGCUCCAUCAUCACCCGUGGGCGUCCACCUUGUGGGAUCCAUCUGCGGCGCCCAGACCGCCGCCGACUCCUUCAGGAAAUGCGUCUCUGCCUUCCCUUCUCGCCUCCGCCGCUUACCCGACGGCGAACCCGCGACGCGCUGGAGCUUCACCGGUUGGCAGCGCGAUGUAUUUUCGCAUUCCCCCGUCGUCUUGGAGCAGUACAAGGACGACGGGGAUACCGUCGUGCCCCAACAGAGGGCGUCCCCGGCCGAGGUUGCAGAGGUGGUCAAGAACAUGCCCCCGCUCAAACCCAAGUAUGACGAUUUCGCCCUCGAGAGCUACGCCGAGUUCAAGCGGCUGCGCGCCGAGGGCACGAUUCCCCAGGGCGUUCGGUUCCUGGUGUGUCUGCCUACCGUGUACUGCGUCAUGUCCCUCUUGCGGGCCGAGUUUGCGGCCGCCAUUGAACCCCUUUACACCGAGGCUCUGCUCGGGUGUCUGAAGCGCAUCGAGGCCGAGAUCCCACACGAGGACUUGGCGGUGCAGGUCGAUGUGGCCGCCGAGACAAUGCUGAUUCAGACCCCUCCCGGCGAAGUUAUUUUUCAUUUCGACAAGUACUGGAAUGACGACGCCUUUGAAGGUUCCGUGGAAAGGAUUGCCGCAUUGGUGGGCAGUGUGGCGCCAGGUGUGGAGGUGGGCAUGCACAUUUGUUACGGCGACAUGAAGCACAAGCACUUUAUUCAGCCAAAGGACACGGAGGACAUUGUAAGAAUCACGAAUUCAGUUGCGCAAAAAGCGGGCCGGCCGAUCAAUUGGGUGCAUUUCCCCGUCCCCAGAGAUAGAGACGAUGACGCCUAUUUCCAGCCGCUGGAGGGCUUGAAAACUGGCAGUGACACGGAAUUUUUCAUCGGCCUGGUGCAUCCUCACGAUGAAGAUGGCUCGCGCAAGCGACUGGAAGUCGCCGCCCGUCAUCUAAAAGGGAAGAGAUAUGGUGUUGCCACGGAAUGCGGCCUGGGCAGAGCUCCCCAAGACGAAUUCGACACGAUUGCGAAAAUCUCGACGGCAAUUUCCGGUCCGAUCAUCUAA